AUGGCACCGCUCACAGCUCAAACAGAUGAGAAGACACAUCAAGCGCUGCUCGACAAGCUCGAUAUCUACGCCGUACACAAGCCAUUCCGCAACCCCAACUGGAAGCCACCGCAGCGCCGCAACAAGAACCUCAAGCAAGUCCUCGGCGAAGUGUCACGCAAAGAAGCCUCGAUGAUGAACACACAAGCCAACAGUGGCGCGUCGACGCCAGCUAUCGCGUCUGAAGGCGGCUCCACGCCAGCUGGCAUUGGCCGACCGACAAACAUCGCGCAGGCAGCGCAGAGCUUGGAUAGGCUGGUGCUCGAGAGGAAUGGACGCGCAGCUGCGAACAGCACGGCCGGACCUGCGCCUACAUACACGAAUAUCGAAUCUGCACCGAGCUUCCACCCGAGCGCGCAGAAGAAAUACUGCGACAUCACUGGGCUGCCUGCGCCGUACACUGAUCCCAAGACGAGGCUGAGAUACCACAACAAGGAGAUGUUUGGUACUAUCAGGACCAUGCCACAGAACGUGUACGAAGGAUACCUGGCCGCCAGAGGCGCGCAUACCAUACUGAAAUGA